AAGCCUGAGCUGCCCGCUGCGUCCUCCCCUCGCGGCUGCACUUUGUUCCACGAGCAGCCGCCGCCGCCGCCCCGGGCUGGAGAAAGCCAGAACUGGUGGGGGGAGCAGCGUAACCUGGGUGCCUCCUUCCCCGAGGCUGCUUCUCUAUGCGCCGGAGAGAGCCCUCCUGGCGGGGGGUCACGCCUUGGCCACCUCGCGCCUAGGGCUGGGGGGAUUUCCCUGCCGCCCUCCCCUCCAGCUCGCCCCCUCUCCCCAACCCGCGCAAGGGGAGCCCGGCGGCGGCACAUCAGCUGCUGCCUGCAAGGGAAGGAAAACAACCCCUCCAAAGACUGAAGGAAGACUGUGUGCUGCUGAAGAAAACAACCACCUGGAUCAGGACUGAAAAUAAGUGACCCCAGCAGCACCCUGUGGAUGACUUUGGGCAUUCUGGAGGAGCCCGAAGCAGAGACCCCUGCUGUGAACAGUGAAAAGGAGGAAGGAGACUCAAACCAUGCCUCAAGCCAGGAACUGUUGGAAACUCUGCGAGAGAGACUAGCCAGUCUCACCAGGCAAGUGCAGAUGAGCCUGCUGAUGAGAAGGGGAAGGGAGCCUGACUUCUGGUAUGGUACCCUUGAGGGGUGCACUGUCCUUUUGGGCUGAAUGCUUGACUCAGGUCAGGAGGAAAAAAAAACAGGGAGGAUACAUUCUGUAAGAUCCUGUAGUCCUUUCCAGUCUUGAACCAUGAACGCAAGUUUUGGACGGGCCAUGUGAAUGUGAUCGUGGAGAAGGACCAAGAAUAGAGUGUGAUUGCUGCAGGAGAGUAAAAAGGACCGAGAUACAUGUUGGGGAAUGCACCAGGACAUGAUUGGUUUGCUCAGGCAACAAACUCAGAUGCUGCAGAGCAUUAUUGGCCUACAUGCCUAAAGGCUCUGGACUCAUCAGCCUUUCGUCCUUGGCGAAGUCCAUCGUCGCUGCUCCCUAUACCCCCCAACAUACCAUGUGGCAAAAUGGUUUACAUCCUUACCUUUACCGCUCCAUGCUGGGGAACAAUAAGUAGAACAACCGCUCCACGUACACCAACCAUAGAUUUUUUCCCUGAGUGAGUGAAGACCAGAAUGAAUGGACAAAUUUCAAAUACCCCUCCUAGUGUAUAUGGAAGUUACUCUUCUCAAAUAAAUGGAUAUGGUUCACCAACGUUUGCUCAGCCGGAGAGGGAACAAAGCUCGAAAGCAAGUGCAAAGGCUAUUUAUGAGCAAAGAAAGAAUUAUGCACGGGACAGUGCCAGCAGCAUAUCCGAAACUUCACAGUAUCAUGUGGAGCACUUGACCACUUUUGUUUUGGACCGGAAAGAGGCUAUGAUAACAGUAGAUGAUGGAAUAAGAAAGCUGAAGUUGCUGGAUGCCAAGGGCAAAGUGUGGACUCAAGAUAUGAUUCUUCAAGUGGAUGACAAAGCUGUCAGUCUGGUGGACUUAGAAUCAAAGAAUGAACUGGAGAAUUUUCCUUUGAGCACAGUUCAACAUUGCCAAGCUGUGAUGAACACGUGCAAUUAUGAUUCUAUUCUUGCACUAGUUUGCAAAGAACCAGCCCAAAACAAGCCAGAUCUUCAUCUUUUCCAAUGUGAUGAGGUUAAGGCUAGCUUUAUUCAUGAAGAUAUUGAAAGUGCAAUCAGCGACAGCAAAGCGGGGAAACAAAAGAAGAGGCUUGACACGCUCAGGAUGAUUUCCAAAGCUGACAGCUCUAUUCCUCCACCUCCGAAAGCGCCCGCUCCUGUUCCCCCAGGUACUGUCACACAGGUGGAUGUCAGAAGCCGAGUGGCAGCCUGGUCUGCUUGGGCAGCUGAACAAGGAGACUUUGAAAAACCCAGACAGUUCCAUGAGCACGAAGAAACAGCUGAGAUGAUGGCAGCCAGGAUUGACAGAGAUGUUCAAAUUCUGAACCAUAUUUUGGAUGACAUUGAAUAUUUUGUUACCAAACUUCAAAAAGCCGCUGAAGCAUUUGCUGAACUUUCAAAGAGAAAGAAAACCAAGAAGAAUAAAAAGAAAGGACCUGGGGAGGGAGUUCUCACUCUUCGUGCAAAGCCACCACCUCCAGAUGAAUUUGUUGACUGUUUUCAAAAAUUCAAGCAUGGCUUUAACCUUCUGGCUAAAUUAAAGUCUCACAUCCAGAACCCGAGUGCACCCGAAUUGGUUCAUUUUCUGUUUACACCAUUAAAUAUGGUGGUGCAGGCAACUGGAGGUCCAGAGCUCGCUAGUACGGUACUCAGCCCUCUCCUAACAAAGGAUACCAUAGAUUUCUUGCGUUACACUAUCGAUAGUGAGGAAGGACAACUAUGGAUGUCAUUGGGUGACACGUGGACCAAAGCCAGAGUGGACUGGCCCAAAGAUCAGUUUAUUCCACCCUAUAUCCCACGCUUCAGAAAUGGUUGGGAGCCUCCUUUGCUGAGUUUCAUGGGAGCUCCAAAUGAACAAGAACUAAAUCAGUUGGCUGAGUCUGUUGCAAAUGUUGCAGAGCACCAACGGAAACACGAAAUGAAAAGAAUGUCAGCUGAGCAUCCCAGUGUCCCAGACUAUCCUCCAUCUGAUGGGUAUGCAUUCAGUAACACAGUUUACAAAAGAGGGCCUCUGCUGGACCAGGGGGCAGCUGUUGCUGCCUUUAAACAAACUGUUAGCCGACAUGUAGAUAGAAAUUAUGAAGCACACGGUAAGGCACAGCCCAAGAGAUAUGCCAAAUCCAAGUAUGACUUUGUGGCAAGAAACCACAGUGAACUUUCUGUCUUGAAGGAUGAUAUUUUAGAGAUCCUCGAUGACAGAAAACAAUGGUGGAAAGUUCAAAAUAAAAGUGGCCUUGCAGGGUUUGUGCCAAACAACAUCUUGGAUCCACUGCGACCUCAGGAACCUGGUUUAGGACAUUCUGAACCUGCAUACAGUCACACCAUACAGAAACAAAGGAUGGAUUAUGUUCUGAAACAACCCGAUCCCAGUCCUCCUGCUCCAUCUCCACCUCUGACACCAGCUCCAGUUCCUGUCCCUCUCCCUCCUAGUGCACCAGCACCUAUUCCAGUUCCUUUGCCAAAAGCACCAGGAACCAUUAGCCGCCAAAGCAGCACCUCUAGUGAGAGCAGCGGUACCAUUAUGCGCGACAACCAGAGACACAAACAACUUCCUGUGGAUCGUAGGAAAUCUCAGAUGGAGGAGGUACAGGAUGAGCUUAUUCACAGGCUUACCAUUGGCCGGAGUGCUGCCCAGAAAAAGUUCCAUGUGCCACGACCAAAUGUACCAGUAGUUAAUAUCACUUAUGAUUCCUCUGCUGAGGAUGUGAAAAUGUGGUUGGAGUCAAAAGGAUUCAGCCCAGUGACUGUCAAUAGCCUUGGAGUGCUGACGGGGGCUCAGCUUUUCUCUCUCAAUAAGGAUGAAUUAAAGACUGUUUGUCCUGAAGGGUCUAGAGUCUACAGCCAAAUUACUGUACAGAAAGCUGCAUUAGAGGCUAACAAUGGUAGCUCAGAACUCCAGGAAAUCAUGAGACGACGACAAGAAAAAAUUAGUGCAGCGGCCUCAGAUUCAGGAGUGGAAUCGUUUGAUGAGGGAAGUAGUCACUGAAUGUCUUUUCCUUUUAAUCCCAUUGUCCUUGGCAUUAUUCCAUCAAGCUUUGUUUUAGGAAGCAAUGAAGGGGAAUGUCUGAUUUAUUAUUAUUAUUUUGUAGACAUAACUUGUUGCCAUAAAGAAACCAUGCAACUGGACUUGACAGAAGUACCCACUGCUGGAUGUUCUUGGCACUCGAGAAAACCCUUACAUCCAAACAUGAGUUUUAGCCUUGUGGAAUUAACCAUUUCAUGCUCUUUUUGUGGAUAAUCAGAAACACAUUGCUGCUUUUGAUUUAUUCCAGUGAAGUUGAGCCAGUAGUAAGACGUACUUGGACCUUCAGUAAUAUAAGAGUUUAAAUUCCUUCUGCCGCUGUAGUCUGUGAUUCAUUCCUUUUGUCUCACGCUCUGGACAGCAGGAUGUUCAGAUUUAUUGGAAAGUUCUUGAUGCCAGCAAUCAAAGAUGAAAUGUUUAGAAUGCAAACAGCAACUCAAGCCUUUGGAACAUAGGCUGAAUUUUUCUUGUACCUCUUGCAAGGCGUUUUAUUACUAAAGAAGCUGUUGAUAGCAAGAGCAUAUAUUCUGUACUUUGAUUUUAUUUCUGUUUCACUGGUUAUGAACCAUACUAUUACACAGCAAGGAAUAACUAGAAAACAUUAACACACAAGUCAGCUUACAAAGGUGGUUAGACCUGCUUUUGAUAGCCAUAACGGUAUUCACAGUAUCUUUUUUUUUAAUAGACCUGCAUUUUUGUUGGUAACUUAACUAGUCAAAAGGAAAAUGUAAUCUAGACUCUUUUUUGUGUUGAUCCUAAAUGACCAGUUUUCUGUAUGUAAAAAAAAAAAAGUUCAUUUAUAAAUUUAAUCUUUUGAAAUAUUAUUAAUUCCGGGGGGCGGGGACACUUUCCAGCAAAUGUUAUUUUUGGAAACACAAUUUUUGUCACAAAGUGUUCUAUUGUUUCACAUGUAUAAAGACUGACACGUCAUUUAGAAAGAUUUCAUCAUCUAGUUUCAUUAAUUUUCAUAGUGCCUUUUUCACAUGAUUCAGCUGAAAGUCUGCAAUAAACAGUGUUUGAUGUAUGUUAAA